AUGGCGCAACCUUCUCUACCUCCCCGGACCAACGAUGCUCCCCGUGCAAGUCCCGGUCUCACCAAUACAAGUACCGCAGCCGGAUUGAAAAGAAAAAGAACAGUCGAGAACAAAUUCUAUGCCGUGAGGCAAGGGAAGAAACCAGGAAUCUACGAAACAUGGGCUGAUUGUCUCAGCCAAGUGAAAGGGCACAAGGGAGCUGUGUUCAAGGCAUUCCAAUCCCUCCACGAGGCGCAGGCAUUUAUGGAGGGUAAGCCCUCGACCAAUCCCACCGGAGACGAAAAGUUCUAUGCAGUUCAAAAUGGAAGAGUCCCUGGAGUCUACACAGACUGGACACAAGCUCAAGCUCAGAUUCGUGGAAUCAGGAAACCUAAACACAAGAAAUUCAACACCCGAGCAGAAGCAGAAGCUUUUGUGGCCGCAGGAAAGAAGGCUCAUCUGGCGGACUCGUCCACCAUCAUCAGUCCGGAGGAAGAGAUUCGUCGCUUGAUUGUGCGCAACUCGGCUCCGGGUUUGCAGUUGAAUGGUACCUAUGCACCUCUAGACAAAGACGGCAAUCCUUAUGAAAUUGGUCGGAGACCUCUUCCGCCCGGGGCAGAGGAUGGGUACGAUCCGAAUCUCAAACUCGCUGCGGAUGGGACUAUCGUCGAUCGAACAGAAGACGAAAGGAAUAAAACCAAAAUGAUGGCCAAAGAACGGGAUCCGCCAGGAAUGCUUCGCAUUUACACUGACGGAUCAAGUCUUCGAAAUGGUCAAGCCGGUGCAAGGGCAGGAGUAGGGGUUUUUUUCGGACCACAAGACCCAAAGUAUGAUGAAUCCGCACCCCAACCCAGAUCCAAGUCCAAGCCUAAAUCCACCCGUACCUCUACCUCUCUACCUCCGUCCGCUCCUCAUCUGGUAUAUACCAUCGACUGGGGAGCGCGACGGCAAAGCCCCGAACCCACCGACGGUGUACCCGGGUCGAAACGGCGACGGAAAGGACAUGAAAUGGAUCGAGAAAAAGAAAGGCUAACCAAUUGGCGUUACAGAAACGUUUCCGAGGCUCUCAAAGGCAGCAAACAAACCAACCAGCGGGCCGAAUUGACGGCCAUUCUACGUGCGUUAGACAUUACACCGCGACACAGAGAAGUCACCAUUUACACUGACAGCAAAUACGCCAUUGAUUGUGUGACAAAUUGGUAUCGAACCUGGCGGAAAAACGGCUGGGUCAAUGCCAAAGGGAAACCGGUUGAGAACAAGGACUUGAUCGUGGAAAUCCGACACCGGAUCGAGGAGAGAGAACAGCUCAACAAGGCGACGUAUUUCGUCUGGGUCAAAGGACACAAGGACGAUGUAGGCAAUAUCGCGGCUGAUCGGCUGGCUGUGGAAGGGGCCAUGCGGGGUAAAGGUAUUGAUGAUGCUGAUGAGAAUCGAGACGCAGGGGGUGGAGACAACGACAAUGACAAUACUGGUGCCGUUCAUGAAGACCUUGACGAUGAGACGGCCCAAGCGUUUGAGGCCAUGGAACAGGCCAUGGAGGAGAAUACUGAUGAUGAAUACAACUGA